UGUGUAUGUGUGUGUGUGUGUGUGUGUGUGUGUGUGAGUGUGUGUAUGUAUCGUAGAUGCUACACUAUUCUAAAAAGGAGAUAAAUCUAUGGUAGACCUAUAUGUAUAAAUGUAUGCGUGUGUGUUUGUGCGUGUAUGUGUGUGUGUUGUCUGUGUAAGUGUGAGUCUCGGAAGUUAUAUAAAAUCUAGGUCCUUGGUGUGAGAACAGUUGUUAAAUACUGAAUACAUUUUGUUGUAAGGUCCUUAGUGUAUGCACAUGAAGUGCAUCUAAGGCUAGGCUCCAUAGAUAUAGGCCUAUAGGAUAGGCUAGACGCCUCUAUAGGCCUAGAUAAUUUUUGAUCACUGUGUAAUAUCAGGGGAGAUCACUGAAAAAAAUCUUAACAUCCACCAAUGAUCCGGUGCACUUUCUUUCAUUAAAUCAUUUAUUUCAAAUGGUGUGGUAAAAGACAAUGUGUUGUUUCUCGGACUGUUAUUAUAAUUGCACUCUUAUAAAUUAGAAAUCUAGUAACCAGGUAUUCAUUUCAUUUGGGAGAGGUAAAAGUACAAUGAGAUCAUUUCAUAUGAUAUUGUUUGUGAAUACUGACAUGUCCCAACUUAUUUAGCAAUCCUGGGGCAAACACCUGUUAUCGCCCUUGUCAUGCCGAAAACCAGAAAGUAAACUCAAAUUUGAUUGGACAAAACUAUCAGAUGAACCAAUCGCCCAUGUUGUUCUUUGUAAGAUUCAGAAACUCAGAAACUAAGGACGCUUCCGCUUCAACAUAUUGUUCCUCGUAGUCUUGGCCUUCUAAGUUAGGCAUAGUGCGCUGUACUCCAUUGACCACACAAUCUAGGUCUACUACAUUUGUGAAGCACGUUGUCAACAAAGACUUGAGAUGGCUAGUACAGUGUUGAAUGUUGGAAUUGGUUUAUUUAUCCUUGCUUUUUUGUGGGUCUUAGCGCUGUCAGUUUGCGUAGCGUUCGCAAGAUCACCAACGAAAAUAGCUAACAUUGGGCCCUUGGCUGUUGUGGCAGCCCUAGUGAUUUCAGUCAUCCUUAUUUUCAUCCCGAGAGAAGACCAGUUCCCAUCUGCAGAAGAGCAAUCCGUGGUUUACGACUACUCCAUUGUGUACCGGUCAAGUCUCAUUGCUGUCAUGGCACUGUUUGUCCUUCUCGGAGGAGUUUUCUAUCUCGUCUUCCACGCAAUGACCCCAGUUCAUGCCAAGCCCUUGAGGAAGUUUUUGCGAUGACCAACACAUUUUUUUUUUAAAGACAACAGCCACCCGGCCUUCCAUAAGCACAAGCCUGACACAUUUCUCUGUGGGAAUGGGUUGUUGCGUUGCACUUAUCCUGUAUUCAACGGAAAAGAGCUCUUCUCUAUGGAAACUUGUGUAGAGCACUGGUCAAUUUUGCCCAUGUGGGAAGUUCAAGGAAUCUUGUUAGCUCGGAUUUUAGCAACAUUGUCCAGUGAUGAGCUGUUUUGAAAGAGACGAACUUGAGAAAUGUUAUUCAGGUGCUAUAAAAUAUUUUAAACCGGUUUUUUUAUAAAUCAGUGCCUUAUAAGUGAUCAACACACAUUUUAGUCUUUCUUUUUUAGUACUUGGUGACACCUCGAUGCCAACUGUUAAAACUAGUUUGAGCACAUAUGUGUCAUGACACGGUACAAUCAGGCACUCAUCAAUUUUGGGUCGUAUGAAGUUAUUGGUAUAAUUUUUAAGCAUGUUCAUUCGUCUUAUUUUUGUUGAAAAAACACUCAACUAUCCUGAAUAGAAGUCAUGAUAUUUGCAUCUGCGAAGGGGAUUGCCCUGUUUCAGAAAUAAAAUUAGCAAGAGAAUGGCUGCUAAAGUUUGGAGAUUUUCUAAACUUAAAUGUUCUUGGAAACAACAAGUUUACAUUUUUUGUGCUUUUGAUUAAUGUUUUCAGUAGAAUCCACAAAUAAAUGUGUUUCCCAAACCAGAAGAAAACAAAUCAAUGAAAAGUCAAAUCUGAGGGCAAAAGACUUAAUUGGUACUUUCCUUUUCCGAUCCAGCGGCCAUUUGAUUUCUAGCCCUUCUGCCUGAGGACAAAUGACGGUUUCUUCAAUAUCAUAAUUUGACGAGUGCCUGAUUUUCACCACCAUGCCACACACACGCAAAUAUAUAGAUGAGAUUGUAGUUUUCCGUGGGCCCUGAAAAACAGAUCAACAGCGCUGCUGAAUUUCGAUUUUUUGCAGAAUUUAGACAAAUUUUAAAGCAUUAUUCCGCUUUCAGACGUAGAAUUACGAGGAAAAAAAA